AUGCUACGGCGUCCGCCGGAACCGACGCGCUCCGCAACCCUGCUCCAGUGGUGCGGGCGAAUAGUAUGCGAGCUGGAUUACUCAAUCGUGGACGGACUCUCGGUAUUGGAUGCUGGUAUGUCCGAACGUUCCUGGACCCCGGUACCCAAAGUCUGACAGCACGCAGCCUUUUCCAGUACAAAGUGGAUGUCUGCUGUCUGUCCGAAGUUUGACUCCCUGACUCAGGCUCCCGUGAAAUAAAGAUUUCCGGAGUUGAAUCACGCUUUACCUUGUACCACAGCGGCGCUCGCGACUCCUCUGGUCGACACGGUGUGGCGAUCGCCCUAUCGCAACAAGCGGAUCUCGCGCUGCUUGCUUGGGAACCAGUCAACGACCGGAUGGCUUACGUGCGACUGAAAGGUCACUUCACGAACAUCUCCAUCGUCUCUGUGUACGCACCAACUUCGGCUGCUGAACAGCGCGAUAAGGAGGCGUUUUACUCGCAGUUGCAAGCGUUAGUUGGCAGACUACCUCGCCGCGAUCUGCUGAUUGUUGCUGGCGAUUGGAAUGGUCGAACUGGACCUGGAGACCCCACAACCAGUCAUCCUCUUGGCGCUUUGGACUUGGCUCCCGACGUGAAAAUGGUGAGAGGUUGCUGA